UGGAAAUCAGUUACUCGCACAUCAGACCAUACUACUAAAUGCACCGAAGAGAGGCUUCGUCUAACAACCGAAAUUCUUAAUGGAAUACGGUUGAUAAAAAUGUCAGCUUGGGAAAAUCACUUUCAACAGCUUCUCGAAGCGACCAGAUUAAAAGAAAUUAGAAGUAUCAAGAAACAAAAUCUCCUACAGAAUCUUGCUCGCUCAUUCGGUACAUAUGUAACACACAUAGCUCUACUGCUGACAUUGGCAUCUUUCGCUGAAUUUCAAAAUGCUUCAGCAGCGGAUACUGUUUAUACAGUAAUUUCUUACUAUUUUAUAUUAGGAAAUGGAAUCACUGAACUGCUGGCAUAUGCUACUCAGCGAAUUGGCAAGGCCAUGACAUCAAUAAAACGAAUCGAAGAGUUCAUGCAAUUAGAAGACUUCUCAUACAAAGUCAAGCUGUCUAACGGCACUCGUGCGAAUUAUAGGAAAUUAAGUUUUAAUACAGUUGAAGAUUUAACUCGAGUCAGAGAAGAAUACACCGAUUCAGAUAUUGCUGUUUUAUUAGAAAAUGCGACAGCUAAGUGGGACGAAGGUGCAUAUGAUGAUACCCUAAAAAAAAUAUCUUUUUCUGCCAAACGUGGAGAUAUAACUGCAGUUCUAGGUCAAGUCGGUGCUGGCAAAACGAAUUUGUUCCAUGCAAUUCUUCAAGAACUGCCACUAAACUCAGGAAAACUGGAAGUUCGUGGUAAAGUUGUCUAUGUCAGCCAAGAACCUUGGAUUUUUUCAUCUAGUGUAAGGAAAAACAUUCUCUUUGGUCAGUCAAUGAACAAACAACGAUAUGAUAAGGUUGUCAGAGUUUGUCAACUGGACAAAGAUUUCAUCAGGUUCCCUCACAAGGAUCAGACAAUUAUAGGGCAAAAUGGUAUUAAUCUCAGUGGGGGUCAGCGAGCAAGGAUAAAUCUUGCUCGAGCUGUUUAUGCAGAAGCUGAUGUUUAUCUUCUCGAUGAUCCAUUAUCAGCUCUCGACGCUCAUGUUGGUAGAUCUUUUUUCGAAGAAUGUAUCUGUGAUUACUUAAAAGGAAAAACAAUCAUCUUAGUCACUCAUCAGCUUCAGUACCUGAACCGUGUUGAUCGUGUCUAUGUUCUAAGCCAAGGAACAGUCAAAUUUGAGGGAAGCCUCCAUGAACUUAGAAACUCAAGUCUGGAAUUUUUGUCUGUGCUUCAAGCUACGGAGGAAAUACAUGAUAGAAACGAGCAAGCUGCUAAUGAUGUGAAGUCUCUAAUGGGUGAAGUUCAAUCAACAGAUUUUACUUCUGAACUAGAAAGAAAAGACGUAGAAGAACAUACCACAAACAGAAAAAUAUCAAUUUGGGUUUACUGGUCCUACUUUAAGGAAGUUGGUAGCCUCUCUUUUGUAUUACUUGUGUUUGGCCUGAACCUUCUGCAUCAGAUCGCUGCCAGUGGAGGAAAUUAUUUUAUUUUGUACUGGGUUAAUGUAAAAAAUCCUAUGAAUAUUAGCACCGAUUUUAAUUAUAGUAAUGAUUUGAAAGGUGACUACAGGCUUUGGUACGUUUAUAUUUACAGUGGAAUUAUUGUAGCAAUAGUCAUCUCCGCUUAUAUGAAGUUCUUUGUCUUCUUCGAGAUGUGUCUGCAGUCUUCAAAAAAUUUGCAUGCAGCAAUGUUCAUUCAUAUCACCAGGGCAACGAUAUCCUUUUUUCAUACUAAUUCUUCAGAAAAGAUAAUUAAGAGGUUUUCCAAUGACAUUAUAGUAGUGGAUAGGAAUUUACCUCUUUGUAUGAACGGUGUACUGACAGUUUUUCUAUACCUCACAUCAACGAUUAUUAUGACAACUGUUAUGAGUUACUGGAUGUUGAUACCUACUAUCAUCACUGGAUAUGUAUUUUACUUGUUGAAUGCAAUUUACGCUAAGACAUGUAGAAGUGUUAAGCAUCUGGAAGGAAUGACUCGAUCACUAGUCUUCAGUCACCUAAGUGAUACACUCCAAGGCCUAGCAUCAGUGCGGGCUUUCAAAGCCCAGGAAUGCUUAGCAAAAGAAUUUGAUAACCAUCAAGAUGUCCACUCAGCAUCUUGGUUCCUCUUUAUUUCUGGUUCCAGAGCUUUAAGUUUCUGCUUGGACCUCAUCAGUUCAAUUUACAUGAGCAUUAUCAUUUUCUUAUUUAUUCUGAUGACCGGUGAAAAAGAAAUUGCAAAGGUAGGUCUCAUUAUAAUUCAAAGCCUUCGUCUAUCAACAAUACUUCAAUUAGGAAUUCCCCAAACCGCAGAAUUAGAAAACGAAAUGAACUCAGUUGAAAGAAUCCUGGGGUACACAAAAAUUCCACAAGAACCUCCCUUAGAAAGUGAACCGGAUUAUGAGCCACCACUAGAAUGGCCAACAGAGGGUUGUGUUGAAUAUAAGAAUGUAUGCUUAAGAUAUAAUAUUGGGGGUGAAUUGGCAAUAAAAAAUGUAAGUUUCAUUGUAAAGCCUAAGGAAAAAGCUGGUAUCGUAGGCAAAACUGGAGCUGGAAAGUCUUCAUUGAUAGCUGCACUUUUCAGGCUGGCAAAUAUAGAAGGAGAAAUUUAUAUAGAUGGGGUGCAAACUGGCAACUUGGGUUUGCAUAACUUAAGAUCAAAAAUCAGUAUUAUUCUUCGAGAGCCUCUUCUUUUUGCUGGAACACUUAGAGCAAAUCUGGAUCCUUUUGAGGAGUUCACUGACGAGUUUCUUUGGCAAGCUCUAUCAGAAGUAGAGCUGAAAGAUAUUGUUGCACAUUCUGGCCUCUAUGGGAACGUUACUGAUAGUGGAGCAAACUUCAGUGUUGGUCAAAGACAAUUGUUGUGCCUAGCAAGAGCUAUAGUCAGAAAUAAUAAAAUUUUGGUUCUGGAGGAAACAACUGACAAUGUGGAUUCGCAAACCGAUGAACUCAUUCAAAAAAUAAUUAGGAAAAGAUUUAAGGACGUCACUGUUUUCAUUAUUACUCAUAGACUUAAUACCAUUAUAGACUGCGAUAAAUUCAUUUGCAUGGAUGCAGGUCACAUGGUCGAAUAUGGGAAUCCGUUUUUGUUGCUGGCCAAAGGUCAAGGUUACUUAUACGAGUUGGUGCAACAAACUGGCUCUGAAAUCUCUGAUGUUCUUAUGAAAAUGGCAGAAAGUUCUUAUAAAAAUAAAAUGCUCAAUCACAAUAUGUAAAUAGUUUAUCUAGGUUAUUAGCAAAUAUGUAGCA